UCCCAGCAGCAGCAGCAGCAGCAUCGCGGCCGCUCCUCCGCGGAUGACCUUCGCGGUCCCAUGGCUGUGGCACGGAGAAUCAAAACUUUGCUCACGGUCAACAUUCUGGUCUUCGUGGGGAUCAUACUGUUCUCGGUGUACUGCAGGAUCCAGGACCGCUCGGAGGAGCUCGUGCAGCUCGGAAGGGGCUCCGAGCAGAGAGUCCGGGGCAAGAAUGGCAAAGUGGGCAACCUGCUGGACAAGCAGGCGAUACUUCAGCGCCUGGAGCAUCUCGAGGACAUAGUGUACAAUCAGCUGAACGGUCUUGCCAAGCCUAUGGGUCUGGUCGAGGGUCCCGGCGGGUUGGGACAAGGGGGAGCAGCUGCCAGCCUACGGGACCAUCCCCAUGAGGUGGAAGGGGGCAAGUACGAGGAGUACGGUUACAAUGCCCAGCUGAGUGAUCGCAUCUCACUGGACAGGAUCAUCCCGGAUUACAGACCCAAAAAGUGCAAGCAAAUAUCGUACCCAGAUGUCCUUCCGCAGAUUUCCGUAGUGUUCAUUUUUGUGAACGAAGCCUUGUCUGUCAUCUUGCGUUCAGUUCACAGCGUGGUCAACCACACCCCUGCUCACCUGCUCAAGGAGAUUAUUCUGGUAGACGACAACAGCGACAGUGUGGAGCUGAAGCUGAACUUGGACCAGUAUGUGAACAAACGCUACCCAGGCCUGGUCAAGGUCGUGCGAAACAACAAGCGCGAAGGCCUCAUUCGGGCUCGGAUCCUGGGUUGGCAGGCCGCCACCGCGCCUGUCGUUGGCUUCUUCGAUGCCCAUGUGGAGUUCAAUGUUGCCUGGGCGGAGCCAAUCCUGACCAGGGUGAAGGAAGACCGCACACGUGUGAUCCUGCCAGCAAUUGACAACAUCAAGUACAACACUUUUGAGGUGCAGCAGUACGCCAAUGCUGCACACGGCUACAGCUGGGGUCUCUGGUGCAUGUACAUUAGCCCACCCCAGACCUGGCUGGAAAAGGGUGAUGAGAGCGCCCCUAUCAGGACCCCAGCUAUGAUUGGCUGCUCCUUUGUGGUGGACAGAGAGUACUUUGAGGAGAUUGGGCUUUUGGAUCCUGGCAUGGAGGUCUAUGGAGGAGAGAACAUCGAACUGGGCAUGAGGGUGUGGCAGUGCGGGGGGAGCAUGGAGGUGUUGCCCUGCGCCAGGGUGGCUCACAUUGAGCGCACCAAGAAGCCGUACAACAACGACAUCGACUACUACGCAAAGCGCAACGCCCUGCGGGCCGCUGAGGUCUGGAUGGACGAGUACAAGUCGCAUGUGUACAUGGCCUGGAACAUCCCCAUCAACAGCCCCGGGGUCGAUUUUGGGGAUGUCUCCGAGAGAGUGGCCUUGCGGAAGAAGCUAAAUUGCAAAAGUUUCCGCUGGUACCUGGAGCACGUUUACCCAGAGAUGCGCGUCUACAACGACACCAUCACCUACGGCGAGGUGCGGAACAGCAAGGCCAGCGGCUACUGCCUAGACCAGGGAUCUGAGGACGACAACAAAGCCAUCUUGUACCCCUGCCACGGCAUGUCCUCGCAGCUCGCCCGCUACUCCACCCAGGGCCUGCUGCAGUUGGGUCCAUUGGGUUCGACCACCUUCCUGCCGGACACCAAGUGUCUGGUGGACGAGGGCAGGGGUCGGGCACCGCUCCUGAAGCGGUGUGAAGACGUUGUGCGGCCAUCGCAGAGGUUCUGGGAUUUCACACAGAACGGGCCGAUCAUCAGUAGGGAUACGGGACGAUGCCUGGAAGUGGAAAUGUCCAAGGAGGCCAACUUUGGACUGAGGCUGGUGGUUCAGAGAUGCUCAGGGCAGAAAUGGACGAUACGCAACUGGAUAAAGCAUCCUCGGCACUAGAAGGAGCCCUUGGCACGCGCCGGUGUCUCUAGGCAACGGCACAGACCGAGACUAGCCGGGGUGUCCAAGGUGAACACAGCGCUGUGCAGGAUCAGAAGUGUAUCAGAAAUAUGAGAGGAAUACAAGAGUGCUGACCCAGCUGGGAUCGUGUAUGUGAGGACCGCUGGGGGAAGCACUUCAAACUACAUCCUAGGUAACGAAACACUACAAGAGAUCCCCACAGAUCCAGUCCUAACAGAUUUUCUGCAUUUAAUGGAGAUGAUCCACGUUCAAUGUUCCGGAAGGCUUGCGCCCUACCCUUACUGUGGUGUACCACUGGUCUCGGUGGGUGGAAAAGCAGGUCCGUUAACUGGGUAGAAGUAGUGAUAGAGGAUGAAGCUCGGUAAUAUCUCAACGGAUGAAUUCCUCCUUGCAGUGUCAUAUUAAUCCUGAUCUUGUCAUGAUGCAUAUGGGUUUUAUAUGUGUGACCAAAAACCCAAGCUGCGUGAUUGCCGAAAUCCACCAUGAAUCAAGCACCGUCUGGACCACAUUUAUUUGCUCUCACAGGACAAACGUUAACCAUUUCUGUCUCAUUUUACUUAAUCUAGAGACUCGUGCACAACUGGAA